AUGACGUCCUCCUCCAGAAACGCCCCGGCCCCCAUGCUGGGGCCCGUGCCUUCCGCCGCAGCGCGCACCUUGGCCGCCCGAGGGACCUCCCCAACGCCGCUGCAGGCGGGGACGGCGGCGGGUAAACCUGUUGCUGCUGCUUGAAGUACGGCUGAUGCUGCUGCUGUGGCUGCUGCGGUUGUUGCUGCUGUUGCCGCGCUGCGUCCUCCGUUGUCCUCUCGUCUUCCCUCUAUCCCCCAUGUUCCCGCCCCCGCCACCACGGUCAUCACCACCAGUGACGAGGGGAUACGCCCCCACGCUCUCCGACGCCCGCUUCCUAGCGGCCUCCGUCUCCGCCCAGGCAGUCGGAAUCACCUUCUCUACCAAUGCCGUCUUGACCUCCCAAUGCGCCAACAACACGCUCCUCUGCACAUUGAAUUCGGGCCGAAGGUUGCGUACAUAGUGGACGGAUUGUGAUACCUUCGCUAAUUCGUAUUGUUUCAUUAAGGGUGUGGACGUCCCUGUAUUCAUCCUCCGGUUCAAUCUUGACCCUUUGCAAGGCCCGCGCAAGGGUGUCGAUGAGGCUGACGUCCAUCGGGGCUGGUCUUCGGGUUGUGGGCUUGACUCCGAGCCAGCCGGCCUCUCCAGCCGGGUGUCGCCUCCUUCGGAAGGCAUGCCCUCGCUCUGUGCUGCGGGGCGCUCUGCUGCUGCUGCUUCUUCUACUUUGAUCUUGACCUGCUCCUUGAUAAGGGCGUCGAUUACGUUUCGCUGCUCGUCCGAGAGCUAGAGCUCAUCCAGCUGCUGCUCCAUGAUUUCCGUGUCACUGUUCUCUGGCCGAACCCUUUUGUAGCUAGCCCCACCUCGGGAUCACGUAUGAUAUCACACGCUAGCAUGAAAGGAUGAUCCGAACUAGGGUUAGCUUGUCGCGAGACGUGUGUUGAAUAGGGUACCGGCAACUCGGCGGGCUCGCGCCGAGGAGAAGAACUUAUUGUGAUUAGCUGCAUCCACAUACACACAAAGCACCAAUCGACUCAUCGUUGCUAUCGCCAACCACUUGGCGCACGAAGCUUUUUGCCGGGGGAAUUUCGAAGACGAAAGAGCCUUAGUUCGCCUGAAAGCGUUUCAUACUAACAGGAUUCGGAGAUGGUUUACCUUCGAGCUAGCUCGUUUUCUGUCGAUGCGAACUCGCGAUGUGUUCAAACGUCAUGGGCUACUGAUCGACCAACUUCCACCAGGGCCAAUCGGUUGGGAUCUCUGCGACAACGAUAGUAAUGAGGGUAAUUCUUUUGGGAGUGACGAAGACGAAGGAAAGGAAAAGGGAAGAAAAGAGGACGAAGACGACGAUGGAGCAGGAAAACAUGGAGGAGUANAGGGUUUGAGCCAGAUGACCUUCCCCACAACAAGAAACGUAGGGCUAGGGAAGAACUGCCCAGAGAUUCUUCUUGUCGAAAUGAGGAUCAGAAUGAUGGUAGCGAAAACAAGGAGGACACUGGUGAAAGUACUCCUAAACGAACUCGAGUACUAGGUAAUAGCCUUGGUAGACGGGUGCAGUUUUCUUCUGUUGCUGCUGUUUUUGUUUUUGAUCCGAAGGAUAGCUUAGCCUCCCCCAUGCUGCCCCCUCACGGGGUCCCGGUUCAUGGUAGAUAGAAGUGUUUUGUGUUUUCAACCACACUAAGGCUGACGUCUUUUCAUUGGUCAGCCGAUUAGCGCGGUCGAUGUUAACAAUAAAAGUACACACACAAGCCCCGUUGAGGGGGCGACGCCGUAUACAACAGGGGUACCUCGUACAUCCCUAGAACCCAUUCUAGGUACCACACAUGUCACCCGGUAUUCCGCUCUACCUCAUUUCAUGGGACAUCCCGUACCAACCACUUGGCAUUGCUACAAGUAUAUCUUUCAAUGUUUGCCCAACACCUCAUCAAGUCAGACAGUGCCUUCUUCUUCGCGCCACCCCAUGACCUCGACCAGGGAUAUUGACGAUAUCGACGACCGGCUUGAUCGUCUUGACGCAGAGGGAGGCGAGCUUGAGACCCUCAAGAAGCGUAUGAAACGGCUCGAGAGCGCACGGGGUUAGGUCACGAUGCCCAAUGUGAGUACAGGAAGCCGGCAACAGGAGCAGGAGCGCAGAAUCGCGGGGUUAUGUCUAAACCUUGUAUGUGGACAAAUAUUGCUGUCCAUGUUGGUAUCAGUCGGCGCGGCCUGGGAAACACUCGCGAGAACCCCCCCCAAGUCUGACUGGCGUGAGCGACAAAAGCCCGUUCGUCAGGUCCUCAACUAAGGUCUUCUGAAGUACAUACCAAGGGCCUUGAGAGACUUCGAACCGUACUAAAACGGUGGCCACCUCCAAGCCACGAUGUCAAUGGCAUCCUUUCCAUACAGGCACUACCCGAGCAAUAUUUGACCCUCGAGUUAAACUUCCUCACCGCGCGUCUUUCCCUGCGAUUGUCGUUCUUUUCCGUGCUGGGCGUGCGGAUCGUCUGUUCACCCCUGGGGGUGGCAGUAUUUUUCAGAACGUAG